AGCUCGCCAUCGAAUCAUUUCCUACUCCGUCGCCGAACGCGAGCGCCGGUCUCGCACGUCUGUCCGUUCGCGAUUUUCGUCCGCCGUCGAGAUCGUCGCAUACCUUGUGGUAUUAUAAUAAUAUUACAAUAUUUUCCAAUCGUGUCGUCACAUUCGCGCCGCCCGCUUUAAACGUUUGCUGGUUUUUGUUUCGUGUGUUUUUUUUUUUUGGUUUUUUUUUAUAAGAAAAUUUGUUUGGCUUCGUCCGGUAAAACCGACGGUAAAUCGUUUCGCGAGUGUGCGUGUGAGUUUUUGUUUAGUUUGGUGUUUUUUUCACUGCAGAAUUCACGGAGAUCUGCAGCACACCGUCAUGACGACCGUGCCGCACUCCGGAAUUUGAGAGAGAUAUUUCAGUUAUUUACACGUCGUGUUAUUAUUUCAUGAAGAAUAAUGGCACCCACACCGUAGUUUGAAUUUUGAACCUUACGCGAUUAUAAACGGGAAAAUAAUUAAACAACGACAUUAACGAUUCGCAAUUUAUUUGUUGAUAUUCGGAUUCAAUUGAACGACGGUUUAUAAACAUAGCAAUCACCACCAUGGUUCUGAGGCACGGAUUCUGUCGCCAGUGUUCCGAUAUGCUGUUGGUCGUCUGCGCCAUUACUAUCGUCAUUACAGAUGUAUCAGAAUGCCUGUUGAGCAAAUCAAACAAACAUCAAAAUAACUUGGGUGAAUUCUCGGGGAAACCCGAUCUACCAUACUUCGAUAAAGCCGCGUCAAUAAAUGUGACGUCCCCUUUGGGAAAAACGGCCUAUCUCAACUGCAGAGUCAAAAAUCUUGCCAACAGAACUGUCUCCUGGGUCAGACACCGGGACAUUCACCUGCUGACCGUCGGUCGGUACACGUAUACCGGCGACCAGCGUUUCCGGUCAAUCAAUCAACCGCCUAGCGAAGACUGGACUCUCCAGAUCAAGUACCCGCAGAUCAGAGACUCGGGUAUCUACGAAUGUCAGAUAUCCACCACACCGCACAUUAGCCAGUACAUUCAUCUCCAAGUCGUCGAACCUCGUACUGACAUUAUUGGAGGACCGGAAAUAUUCAUUGAUCGAGGAAGUACCAUUAACCUGACAUGUGUCGUACUACAUAGCCCAGAACCACCAUCUUACAUAUUUUGGAAUCAUAAUAAUGCUAUAAUCAGUUACGAUUCACCCAGAGGAGGCGUGAAUGUUGUCACUGAAAAAGGAACAGUCACUACAAGUCAUCUACUUAUACAAGAAGCUCGUGUCGAGGACAAUGGACGUUAUCAGUGCAACCCAUCCAACUCGCAAGCUAAAUCCAUCAACGUACACGUGUUGAACGGAGAGUACCCGGCGGCGAUGCAACACGGUGGCCAAGCGCAUCAGAGGACCACGCACAUGUAUUGUUUGAUAUUUUUCGCGUGCAUGCUGUUGCACGUGUAAACGAGUGACGUCGAAGGACCGCAUACGUCAAACGAUGUGAUCGUUGCCGAAAGUUCCGAGUGUCGUCUUCAACUCCAUUUCGGUCCUGAUCUAUUUUUGUUAAUAUUAUGUUUUUGUAUAAAUCAGUUGUGCACACACACGCGGGCUCGCGGACGCGUACCACCCUCCGGCGUCGAUCCUGUACCCACCAUAUCCGUGUGGGUCGCGACCGAUGAAAACAAAUGCCGGCAAACGCGUUUCGAGCGUGAGCGUACUCGUAUGUGGGGAGUGUGUGUGUGUGUAUUUUUUUGUACGUUAUCGAUAAGAUGUGGACAAAAAAAUAACCCCCCUACCCACGGGUGGUAGCAAUUUAAAAAAUAAUAAUAAUAAAUAUAAUUUACUGCGUUUGACGACGACCUACCGGCCCACAGAGUGAGAUAGAGAACGAAAAAAAAAUAACUAAAAGAUUAUUAUUUUAACGACGGCUUCCGCCGCAUUGCGUCAAAAGCGCUCGCUAUUAUGUAUAAAAUAUUGUGUGUGUGUGUGUGUGUGUGUGUGUAUUACGACGACGACGACGAGUGACAUGGGCGAACUCUGUUCACCUUGUCGUGGCGGGCGAACGCCGUCAAACGUGGAAAUUCAACGGUUCGAUGAUUAUGGAAACUCCUUCUUUUCCCCUACCGGUUCGAUAGGAAUAAAUAUAAAAUAAUCCGUAGCACACACAACCCUCCCCUCAUCGCCGCGUUCUCGUCGGGUGAAACGUACAUUUAACUUUUGUUCCACGCUGCUGUUGUCGUUCGAAUUUCUGCGUAAAAUACCUAACACACAUAAUCGACCGAAAUUAUAAAAAUAUUAUUUUUUCUGCUCUUCUGCAUAAUACGCUCACGACAAUGCGACGUCCGUACUCCGCGACAAGUCAAUGGUUUAACUCCAAAACACUCGACGUAAGCCUUCAAAGACGGGGGAAGGGGUGACUUUUCCAGAAAUUUCUUUCACGCCGUUUCAAUUUUGCCAGACGUCCGUUGUCCGUAUAAUGUUAGGCCACGCGAACUCCCCCUCCUCGAUCGUUGGUCUCCUCCGUCGCGUGUUAAAAACAAUGUAAUUUUUGUAAAAUAUUAUAUUAUUAUCUAUUGUAAUUAUAGAACAACGUACUAUGUGCAUUAGCGUUACGUAUUAACUAUGAGUCGUUAUAGUUUGUUGUGAAUAAUAAUUGUCAACAAUGAUUUUUUUUUCUUUCUUUAGAAUAAUUAAAAAUCAAUCGAUUUGUCCAUCAGAGUUAUACAUAGUAUUAUAUUAAUGUAUUAUACAUUUACAUCCCAUUCGAUAGGCUCGCACACUAUCCUUAUAGACGACUUCAAUAUAGGUACUGACCGAUAUAAUCAUUAACCUGUUUGCUGGUUUAUUUAAUUAAUACCAUUUUUGGUAUGUAUAUGACGCGAACUCGUGUGAUUAUCCAUGUGUAGAAUUAAAUUUAUUAUAAUAUAAUAAUACAUAUAUGUAAAAUUUAAAAACUAUCCAAUUAGCCAUUAGAAAAAUGUGCUUCUUUUUUUUUAAUAUUACAAUGUAACAUAUAAUUAUAUAUAUAUAUUAAUAUAUAUAAUUUUAAUACUAAAUAUAUUAUACAAUAUUCAAUAACUGUAAGUAUAUAUUAUAUAUAAAAAAAUGAUAAUUUCUUCUUUGUUUUUUUUUUCUAUAAAUUGUAAAAUUACUCUAUUAAAACAAUAAGCCUCUGUAUGAGAAUCGACAUCUAUGCAGGUACUUUAUUAUUAUUAUUAUUAAUAGCUGCAGUUGUCUGUUACCGUCAUCGCGUCGGUAGAAUCAUUUUAUAAUUAACAUUGUGUACUCUGGGCUUGUUGUUAAAUAUUAACGAUAUAAUUAUUAUAAUAUUAUUUUAAUUGAUAUAUUAUUAUUAUAAAGUUUAAAUUAUUCGUUGUCCACAUUAAUUUUGUAUCCUUAUGUGUUUAUAUUAUUGUAAGUGUACAUAAUGUUUAUUAUGCCAAUAAGAUUGUCUAACCAAAAGAUAGUUAAGUUAUAUUAUUUUAUAUUAAAAAAAAAAAAGUAUUAAUAAUAAUAAUACCAUUAUUUCAAAAAAUUGUUACCUACCUAAGAUAAGUUAGUAAAACAAAAAAAAA